AAAAGAAACUAAAAUAUCCUGACUUGUAAUUCUCUUAUAUACAUUCACAAAGAAAUCAAUCAUUCAUUCAGCAGAUUCAGCGUACGCAGACAGAACCGAUUCAUUAAGAAGGGAAGUUUAAGUCAAUCUGUGAUGGGAAGUAGCAGUUCAAAACGCUCGAGCAAGAGAAGCAGUGGUAGAUAUCCUCAAAGUGCUUCUAUAUCUUCUUACGGGCACAAUCCUCACCAAAACAUCCCUCACUACACUCCUCAAGCUCCUGUUUCUUCAUCUCUCAAAAAGUUUCCGCAGAAGAAGUAUUCUCAGAUCGGUGAUUACUACCGUUCCAUUGAUGAGGUUACGGCUGCUCUUUCUCAUGCUGGUUUGGAGUCAUCGAAUCUGAUUGUUGGUAUAGAUGUCACUAAGAGCAAUGAGUGGACAGGAGCGAGAUCUUUCAAUAGGCAAAGCUUGCAUUACAUUGGAACAAGUCCAAACCCGUACCAGCAAGCGAUUUCCAUCAUUGGAAAGACUUUAUCUGUUUUUGAUGAGGAUAAUUUGAUCCCUUGUUAUGGAUUUGGAGAUGCUACAACACAUGAUCAGCAUGUCUUCAGCUUCUUUCCGGAUGAUACAUUCUGUAACGGCUUUGAAGAAGUCCUUUCACGUUAUAGAGAGAUUGUUCCUCAGCUGCGUCUUGCAGGGCCAACUUCUUUUGCACCCAUUAUCGAAAGGGCCAUGACAAUUGUGGAAGAAAGUGGAGGGCAGUACCAUGUUCUUCUCAUAAUUGCUGAUGGACAGGUAACCAGAAGUGUUGAUACAAAUCAAGGCGGCCUCAGCUCCCAAGAACAAAAGACCAUUGAUGCGAUUGUUAGAGCUAGUGCAUAUCCUUUAUCGAUAGUUCUGGUUGGUGUUGGAGAUGGUCCUUGGGAUACAAUGAGACAGUUUGAUGACAACAUCCCCGCUCGUGCCUUUGAUAAUUUUCAGUUUGUGAACUUCACGGAGAUUAUGGCAAAGAACCUUGAUCCUGGAAGAAAAGAAGCAGAAUUUGCACUUUCCGCCUUGAUGGAGAUCCCGUCUCAGUAUAAGGCCACCCUCGAGCUCGGCUUACUCGGACGAAGAACUGGAAAGUCUCCAAACAAGAUUGCUCUUCCACCACCAAUCAGUGCUAGUACUACUAAUCCAUUUCUAAACACCAGCUCGAAAACUUCCUGGUCAAACACUGUUGCCACUGCACCGCCUAUUUCAGCUGAUAGUAACGUGAGAGAGAAUUGCCCUAUCUGUCUGGUUAAUGCAAAGAACAUGGCAUUCAACUGUGGCCAUCAGACUUGCCAUGAAUGUGGACAAGACAUUGAUAAGUGUCCCAUAUGCCGCAGCACGAUUGCAGUUCGCAUCAAGCUCUAUUGAUGAAUGGUACUUUUUUCAUUAGAUCAUCGACCACAAGGUGAACGAAACCCAUUAUUUUUUCUCUAGGCUUCGCCAUUGUUUCUAAUCUCUAUAGGAAUAAACGAUUUUUGUGGUUCUCCAUUUAUUCUUUCUGUAUAUAGUUUAUUCUCAGUGCACUCGAUUGAACACAAAGUGCAGUGAUUAGCUUUCAGUAUUAUAAGCUUCAGAGCUUUUUUAAUAAUAGAUUGUUUCCAUGA